AUGGAGAAAAUGUCACGGGUUACCACAGCCCUCAGCAGCAAUGCCAUAAAUGGGCGAACCAUGUUCUGCCACUUGGACGCUCCUGCCAACGCCAUCAGCGUGUGCCGCGAUGCGUCGCAGGUGGUCGUCGCAGGGCGAAACAUAUUCAAGAUCUACACCAUCGAGGAGGAGCAGUUUGUGGAGAAGUUGAACCUUCGCGUUGGCCGCAAACCGUCCCUGAACUUUAGCUGUGCCGAUGUCAUGUGGCACCAGAUGGAGGAGAACCUGCUGGCCACAGCCGCCACCAAUGGGGCGGUGGUGACGUGGAACCUUGGGAAGCCGUCUCGCAACAAGCAGGACCAGCUGUUUACUGAGCACAAGCGCACCGUCAACAAGGUGUGUUUCCACCCUACUGAGGUGUACAUGCUGCUGAGUGGUUCACAGGACGGCUUCAUGAAGUGCUUUGACCUGCGCAAAAAGGAGUCUGUUAGUACUUUCUCAGGUCAGUCAGAGAGUGUAAGAGAUGUCCAGUUCAGCAUGAAGGAUUAUUUUACAUUUGCUGCAUCUUUUGAAAAUGGCAACGUCCAACUGUGGGACAUUAGACGACCAGAUCGGUAUGAGAGAAUGUUCACUGCGCAUACCGGCCCUGUGUUCUGCUGCGACUGGCAUCCCGAUGACAGGGGUUGGCUGGCUACAGGCGGCAGAGACAAGAUGGUGAAGGUUUGGGACAUGACCACCAACAGGGCCAAGGAGAUCUAUUGUGUGCAGACGAUUGCAUCAGUGGCCCGAGUUAAAUGGCGACCUGAGAGGAAGUUUAAUUUGGCUACCUGUUCCAUGAUGGUGGAUCACAACAUAUACGUGUGGGAUAUUCGCAGACCUUUCAUACCGUUUGCCACCUUCGAGGAACACAAAGACGUGACCACUGGUAUUGUGUGGCGCCACCAGCAUGACCCUCAUUUUCUGCUCUCGGGCUCUAAAGACAGUACUCUCUACCAGCAUAUGUUUAAGGACGCCACUCGUCCCGUGGACAAGGCCAACCCCGAGGGUCUGUGCUUCGGACUGAUGGGCGACUUGGCCUUUGCAGCCAAAGAGAGUCUGAUCAGUAGCGACACCAACAGGAAGCCCUACCCCGGAGGCGACCGCCGCUACCCCAUCUUUUUCUUCAAGAAAGCUGACCCGACAGAACAAUUUGCGCACGUGUCCAGUGCUCUUAGUGUCUUUGAAACAGACUUGGACAGUAACCGCAUGGACUGGUUUGUAAAGACUGCACAGCUCUACCUCCUCAGUGGAAAACCGUUUGCUGAGCUGUGUGAUCACAAUGCCAAGGUGGCCCAGGAGCUCAAAAGACCUCAGGUUUCCACUACAUGGACCAUGCUGAGAAUCAUGUUCUCAGACCCAGCAAACCUGGCCACCCCCGGUCCUAACCACAACCUCAUUAAACUCGGCUCCUUACCUUUAAUGAACAGCUUCAGUAUGAAGGACAUGGGUCCAGGACUGGGCACUGAGAGCAGAUUAGAGCGUAGUAAAGGCGAGAGCAGACAGGAUAACAUCCACCUGGAGUCUGGGAACUCGCACAUCAGCAAUAACAAUGAAGGUGAGAGUAAUGUUACUCUUUCAAAUGCCACCUGGGCACUGAGGAUUCUCAUGGCCUUGUAUCGUUCUUUUAACAAUCACGACAUAACCAACAUUACUCCCAUUGUAGAAAAUGAGGAGACGGAGGGCAGCGAUGGUCCGACAGAAUACUUGUUUGGCGAUGCAGAGUUAGAUGACGAUGACCUCUAUUCCAUGGAGCAUGACAAUCAAACGGAAGAGCCGGAGUACACACUGCCCCAGGAGGCCUUCCAGCUACGCCACGAGAUCAUUGACAAUCCAUCUGCUCCAGAGCACCUUCAGCAGGACAAGGCCGACUCCCCACACGUCAGCGGCAACGAGGCGGAAAUCACCUGCCUGACACCUAUCGAGUCUUUCUCUCUCAUCUCCAUUUCCCAGCCACAGUUCACCUCAGUUCUACCCACCAGCUUUUUCUGUCCUAUUGUGCGGGAGAUGUUGAGCUACUAUGCUGAGCAAGGUGAUGUGCAGAUGGCUGUGUCCGUGCUCAUCGUCUUGGGGGAAAGGAUUCGUAAGGAGAUUGAUGACCUCACCCAGGAACACUGGUACAUGUCCUACAUAGACCUGCUGCAACGAUUUGAGCUGUGGAACGUGUCCAAUGAGGUCAUUAAGCUGAGUACCUGCAGCGCCAUCACCUGCCUGAACCAGACGUCUACAACUCUGCACAUAAACUGCAGCAACUGCAAGCGACCAAUGAGCAACAAGGGCUGGAUCUGUGACAGGUAG